UCAGAGGGCGACUACGUGAGAAACGUCAUCGCUGGAGCUUAGAGCAAUAACAAUAACAAGUCCAGUGAUAAAAGCAGCUGCUGCUGCUGUUGCUGUGUGUAUGUGACAGCUUGCUGAGCAAACAGGGAAAGCACAAUGGAGACAGCAGAGAACCUGCAGGAUGAACACUUACAGGCAGGGUCUUGGGUAGAACUGCACUUCAGCGGUAAUGGGAAUGGAGCCACCAUGCAGCUCCCGGGUCAAGAGCCGGGGCCUGCUUCAAUUUCCAUUCACAACGGCGAUAUGGAAAAAAUUUUACUCGACGCACAACAUGAAUCCGGAAGAAGUAGCUCUAGAGAAAGUUCCCACUGUGAUAGUCCUCCUCGGUCUCAGACACCGCAGAGUAUCCAGAGAUCAGUUGAAAGUGACCAAAGCAGCAAAGAAAAGAGCAGUUCUCAGUCAGAAGAAGACUACAUAGAACGACGGAAGGAGCUAGAAAAUAUAUUAAAAAAGAAUUCAGACUGGAUAUGGGACUGGUCUAGCAGACCUGAAAAUAUCCCUCCUAAAGAAUUUAUUUUCAAACAUCCAAAGCGUAGCUCAGCUCUAAGCAUGAGGAACACAAGCGUCAUGAAGAAAGGUGGGAUUUUUUCAGCUGAGUUUUUAAAGGUUUUUCUCCCGUCUUUGCUUCUUUCCCAUCUGCUCGCUAUCGGAUUGGGGGUUUUUAUUGGAAGACGUCUGGCAACCUCCACUGGCACGUUUUAGGUUGAGAAAGCAGAAAAAGCUUUGAGCGUGAAAAAAAUGGUGAGAUUAUAGAAGCACAGUUCUUGUAGUGAGAAACAUUACACCUUCCUUUCGCUCUGCAAAUGAAUAUUGUUCAUAAAGUUUAAGCGUGUAGAUGGCUGUCAACCUCUAGAAUUAAGACACCAUUUUUGCUCAGAUCAGUGAGUGUAUAGAAUGCAUUUUCCUCUACUGUGAAAUACCAUAGCUUCCUGCAAAGGCAAGUUUUAAUACGUUAUUUGACUGUGCAUGCUUUAAAAAUGAUAUGAAGAAGUAAUUGUGGAACUCAUGGUAUGUUACCUGGCUUAUGGUUAUACUUUGCUGCUGUGAAGUGUCACUUCUGAGAUUGUUCUUGGCUUCUUUGUGUUGGAGAAC